GCUGCAGUUCAGUGAACCGGUGUCCGAUCAACAGGUAGGAACCUGCAGAGCGCCGCGUGCCUCCAUGCCUUUUUCCUAAAGAACAGAUCCCCGCAAGCAUCCCUCUCACUGUCCGAGGCGAGCCUCGAGUGUGCAGCAGCAGCCGCAGCCGCUCCUCCUCAGCCACAGGUUUUGGGCAUCUCCCUUCGCUGGACUGCUGGGCAAGAUGAACAAGCGCAAAGCCGUCUUCCUCCUCUUGCAGAUUGCCCUGCAGCUUUGCCCUGGCGGGGCCACUCACGCUCAGCCUUCUUCUCCUCAAGUUUUUGAUCUUCUUUCUACACCCAACCAGAGGCUAGUAAAAACCUUCUUGCAACAGACACUGGCCGAUUCUACACUGAAUGAAAUUUACGUGCUGUCGACAUUCAGACUGCAACCCAAAAGCACAGCUGUUGUAUUUGGGCUAUAUUCCUCCACUGAAAACAGAAAAUAUUUUGAAUUCACAGUUAUGGGACGGGUGAAUAAAGUUUCCCUUCGAUAUUUGAGGAGCGAUGGGAAGUUAAAUGCUGUGAUCUUCAGCAAUGUGCCCCUGGCAGAUGGGAAGCGCCGCUCAGUCCUUCUCAGGCUAAGCGGCCUGCAACGUGGCUCCAGCAAAGCGGAAUUGUAUGUGGACUGUGUGCAGAUGGAUUCCGUUCAAGAUCUGCCUAAAGCCUUUUCAGGACUGUCACAAAGCUCAGAGGCAGUGGAGUUACGAACACUGCAGAAAAAAUCACAGGACACUUUGGAGGAACUGAAGCUAGUAGUAAAAGGGUCAUUGUCCCAAGUAGCUGGCCUCCAGGACUGUUUUCUUCCACAGAUUGAGCCAGCAGCUCAAUAUCCAGGUGUCUCUACAAGUGACUUUAACAGGCAGUUAUUAGGUCACAUGAUGCAAAUGAACCAAAUACUGGGUGAUGUGAAAGAUCUUCUCCGACAGCAGGUUAAAGAAACAUCAUUUUUGAGGAACACAAUAGCUGAAUGUCAGGCAUGUGGUUUGGGAGCUGGAAAUUUCCCCACACCAUCCCCACCACCCCCUAAGCCGAAAUGUGAAGCCAACACUUGUUUCCGAGGGGUGCGAUGCAUGGACACGGCAGAUGGAUUUCAGUGUGGGCCUUGUCCUGAAGGCUUCACUGGAAAUGGAGUUACAUGCACAGAUGUUGAUGAGUGCCGGUAUAAUCCAUGCUUCCCAGGGGUGAGAUGUGUGAACACAGCUCCAGGUUUCAGAUGUGAGGCCUGCCCACCAGGAUACAGCGGGCAAAGCGUUCAAGGAGUGGGAAUCAACUUUGCCAAAAAUAACAAACAGAUCUGCUUGGACGUAGAUGAAUGUCAGAACAAUGGAAAUGGGGGCUGUGUUCCCAAUUCCCAGUGUGUGAACACUGUGGGCUCGUUCCGCUGUGGGACAUGCAAACCAGGUUUUACUGGAGACCAGGUCAAGGGAUGCAGGAUUGAAAGGAGCUGCAGGAACCAAGCUCUGAACCCUUGCAGUAUCCAUGCACAGUGUGCUGAAGUGCGGCAAGGAGACAUCUCAUGUAUUUGUGGUAUUGGCUGGGCUGGCGAUGGCUUUGUGUGUGGAAAAGAUAUCGAUAUUGAUGGCUAUCCUGAUGAAGAACUUCCAUGCUCAGCUGAGAGUUGCAGAAAGGACAAUUGCAAGGUGGUUCCAAACUCUGGACAAGAAGAUGCUGAUGGAGAUGGAAUAGGAGAUGCCUGUGAUGAUGAUGCCGAUGGGGAUGGUAUUCCUAACGAUCAGGACAACUGUGUACUGGCUUCUAAUGUUAAUCAGAGAAACAGCGACCAAGAUAUCUUUGGUGAUGCUUGUGAUAAUUGCCGUAUGGUCUUAAACAAUGACCAGCGAGACACGGACGGAGAUGGCAAAGGAGAUGCCUGUGAUGAUGACAUGGAUGGAGAUGGUAUUAAGAACGUUUUGGACAACUGUCAGAGGGUCCCCAAUCGGGAACAGAAAGAUAGAGAUAAUGAUGGAGUGGGUGAUGCUUGUGACAGCUGCCCAGAUAUUAGCAACCCAAAUCAGUCAGAUAUUGAUAAUGAUCUGGUAGGAGAUUCCUGUGACACCAAUCAAGACAGUGAUGGGGAUGGACACCAAGACAGCACUGACAACUGUCCCACGGUCAUUAACAGUUCCCAGCUAGACACCGAUAAGGAUGGGCUGGGGGAUGAGUGUGAUGAUGACGAUGACAAUGAUGGAAUUCCAGACCUUGUUCCUCCAGGCCCAGAUAAUUGCCGGCUUGUUCCUAAUCCAGGACAAGAAGAUGACAACAGUGAUGGAGUUGGUGAUAUCUGUGAAUCAGAUUUUGAUCAAGACACAGUGAUAGAUAGGAUUGACGUUUGUCCCGAGAAUGCAGAGAUCACCCUGACAGAUUUCAGGGCUUAUCAGACUGUCGUCCUGGAUCCAGAAGGGGAUGCUCAGAUUGACCCUAACUGGGUGGUUCUGAACCAGGGCAUGGAGAUUGUGCAGACCAUGAAUAGUGAUCCUGGACUUGCUGUAGGUUACACAGCUUUCAACGGAGUUGAUUUUGAAGGCACUUUCUUUGUCAACACGGCAACGGAUGAUGACUACGCCGGCUUCAUUUUUGGUUACCAAGACAGCUCCAGCUUUUAUGUGGUGAUGUGGAAACAGACUGAGCAGACCUAUUGGCAGGCAACUCCGUUUAGAGCUGUUGCAGAACCUGGGAUUCAGCUGAAGGCUGUUAAAUCAAAAACUGGGCCUGGAGAACACCUCAGGAAUUCACUUUGGCACACGGGGGACACUAAUGAUCAAGUCAGACUGCUUUGGAAAGACCCUCGAAAUGUAGGCUGGAAGGAUAAAGUUUCCUAUCGCUGGUUCUUGCAGCACAGACCUCAGGUUGGGUAUAUUAGGGCAAGGUUUUAUGAAGGUUCUGAACUGGUGGCGGAUUCUGGAGUAACCAUAGACACUACCAUGCGGGGAGGAAGGCUUGGUGUUUUCUGCUUCUCCCAGGAAAACAUUAUUUGGUCCAAUCUGAAGUAUCGCUGCAAUGAUACUAUCCCAGAGGACUUCCAAGAAUUUCAGGCUCAGCAAUAUGGAGUUGGAGAUAUUUAAGAAUACAAGCUGCUUUGGCAAACAAUAAAGCAAUGUAUA